AUGGCGAAGUCUUCGGCCAAGCAAUCUUCUUCAUCCAAGUCAAAGAGCUCCAGCAGCAAGAGCUCCAAAAGCUUCAGCACCGUCCCGGUUAACCGCUCAUGGCAAGACCCCUCGCUGGACCGUGGUCAGCGCUCGGCUCAAAGCUCAAGCGCCAGCUAUCCCGUCGGGCGCUGGCUUACCGAGCCGUCUUGGCAAGAGCCGUUCAACAACAUUGCGGAAGUACCCGCAGCGGGAUCGGCCUCGGCUUAUGCAGGUGGACACCAGGGAUCGGGUGCGGCUGCGACAUAUGCCACGUCCCGCAAGUAG